CUACCUAUUGGAAACAAAUAUGUAACGUGUCUUUUUCUCCAGAAAGAACUAACAAAACCAAAUGUAUAUUCUUCAAGGUGCCAAAUAAAAUUGAAAACUGAAUUUAUCAAGAACAAAGGCAUUUAAAAUUCAUCACAAUCAGAAAAGAUUAUGUUUUUGUUUCUCAAAUUUCCAUUUAUUCUUUUCAUGGAUUUCAGCUCUCCAGUACAAUACCCUACAUUCUCAUCUAUUUUUCUUGAGUAUAAUUUCAGCCUCAUUUUAAAUUCUCAUAUCUCAGUUCCUUGCGGAUGUUUCUGUUAUCUCCUUUUCCUGUGGUCCUGUCUGGUAAUGUGUCAAGACACUGCACAGAUAAGUUGUGAGGAAACCAGCAAGGUGAUAGAUUCCUUCCAAGAGCUUUGCGUAAGUUUCUGCAAGGCACUGGGAGUAGGGGCAGAAUCAUUAUCCCAGUUAAGUUUUAAGCUCACUGGGUUGAACUUUGCAAAGUUUGUCCAGCCUGGUCUGUUUCUGGUUUGUCUUCAUUGCUCAUGGGUAGUCUUCCGGGGCCUCCUCACUAGGAGUCUGGACCUGUUUCCCUGCAAACUGUGCACCCAAGUUUUUAUCUCCCCAGCACAACCAGACCAUUGCUCACCACUUGUGUUCAGCUUUAAUACCUCCGAGCCUGCACCUCCUCAAGGGCAAACAUGCUUGGAGCCAAGUCUUGCUUCUCUGCAGAUGUUUUUCUGUAUUCUAUUCACAUUCUCUAAGUGUUCUCAGUGGGAAGACUGGUUAGCUUCAAGCCAGUUUAUCAUAGCUAGAAGCCUGGGUGUACCUGUACUCUUCGAGUAUGGCAGUUGGGAUUUGCUGAUUCACAAAUUAGAUGUGAAAGAUUGGAGAAAGAAACUAGUCAAGAAUGACUCUACAGGGUUGUUUUGUUGUUGUUGUUUUGUUUUAUUUUGUUUUUAUGGUACUGGGGAUCAAACUCCCAACCAUGCGCUUGCCAGGCAGGUACUUAUGCCACUGAGCUCAAUCCCCAGCCCCUCUACUGGGUUUUUACAGUCUUUUUGCCUCCCCCACACCAUCCAACCAACUGUGAGGAUGGUGUUGCAGGCAUCUAAGGUGAGGGAAGAUUGACGUGGAAAAGUGGAGCAAACAGACACUGUGAGAAAACAGGAACCAGUCAGCUUUGCUCCUCCGCCCUCUCUGACCAUCACAUGACCACUUUGGAGCCAUCCCUGGACUGAGAGUUUCUGAAACUUUAAUCAAUUCUAACUCAAGGAAGGAGCACACGUUAUGAAGAAAAAUCAUGUGGAACCCAGAAGAGGAUCAUCACAUGCACAAAGAUUUUCAAGAAAGAAGAACCAUAAUAGGUCCAGAAGAGAACGUUUCCUCCCUGUCUAACUUAAUCCUAUUAAUACCAAAACCACACUGUGAAUCAUAAUGAAGUAUGUGAUUGAGACAGAAAGAUGAAGUUGGAUAUUUAUACUUACUACAUUAAUUAAAUACAACUAAAUUAAUUAAAUACAACUAAAUAUUAUAUACAUAUAUGCUCAGCUUCAUACCUAAUCAUAUUUAAUUUUGUCUUUGUAAAAUCUAAAUUCAUAAUAUCUCUUGAAUGGUUAUUUGUCCUUGUGACUGAAGAUGUCUACAGCAGCUGUGCCUGGAUUGGGAGACUAAAAGUCCAGGCAAAAAGCCUUCUGGUCAACCAGUGCCCCAUUCAUUGUUGUGCUGCUAAUUCAAUUAUGUGAUCCUCUGAAGUGCCCUCUGGGUGAGGGUAUAGCUCAGUGUCAGAGCCUUGCCUAGCAUGCGCAAGGCCCUGAGUUUGAUCCCCAGCACUGCAGAUAAACAAAACAUAGUACAAAGAUCCUUGCAAAUGAAUACAGUGCUUAACUGAGGAAAGAAGCAUUCAAGCUGCUCACCUGCCCAUCACCUGUCUCUCUGGAUUUGGAGACAGCCACAUGUUCUUGCCUGCUUUCUCCCUUCCUUUUGUGUGGCUGCCUGAUCCACCUCCCCACUAACUGCUCAGAGUUAUGGCACAAGGAAGGCAUCACUGUGCAGACUUUUCUUCUUCCCAGGGGCUGCCUUUCUUCAUCCCAAAGGCAUAGAUGGUUCAUCUUAACUGUCAAUUUGACUGAACUAAGGGACUCCUGGAGGGGUGAUCGGAUGGGAGGGGUGCAAAGUGUGAUCAAUAUAUACGAAUAUUUAAAUUUUUAAAAAGUAUCACAGUAAGAGACAUAUUGUAAUUCAUCACUCUCAAAACAUUUGCCCUCACUUCAACCACGUACACCCCAUCAUUCUCACCCCUUUGUAAAGCAAGUCUGUAGUGGGCUUCCUUACAAAGUGUGAUCAAAACUAUAGGGAACGCCACUGCCCAGGGCCACCCAACUGAGAGGCAAGCUCCUCCA